AUGUACAUAUUUGUCAAGAAUCCCACUGGCAGGACAAUCUGCCUCAAGGUCCGGCCAUCAGAUACCCUACACACUGUGAAAGAAAAGAUCCAGGAGCAGUAUCACCUCGUGUUUGAUGGGGUGCAUUUAGAGGAUAACCUUACACUAGCCGAUUAUGGCAUCCAACAUGAAUCCACACUUGACCUCCACGAAAAUAUGCAAAUCUACGUAAAGGAUGUGCUCGCUGGCAUCAGAAUUACUCUCGAGGUCGAUAACAUGGAUACCAUUGACAAUGUGAAGGCCAAGAUCCAAGAUCAUACUGGCCUUCCGAAGGGUCAGCUGUGCCUCAUCUUUGCCAACAAACAGCUGGAGGACGGGAAGCACACCUUGGCCGACCACAACAUUAUGAAGGAGUCCACCCUUCUCCUCGUCCUCCACCCUUGUCCAAGAGGUACAAAUAUGAUGCAGAUCUUUGUGAAGACGUUGACAGGAAAGAAUAUUGCUCUUGAGGUUGGGAGCACGUAUACCAUCGACAAUGUCAAGGUGGAGAUCUACAAGAAGGAAGGCGUUACCCCAAACCAGCAGCGCCUCAUCUUUGCUGGCAGGCAGCUUGAGGGUGGCUGCACCCUGGCAGACUACAACAUUCAGAAGGAGCAUACCAUUCACUUGGUUCUCUGCCUUUGUGGUUGCUGA